AUGGCAAGUGAAACUCCUAAAUCAAAAAAAUCAAAAGGAAUGACAAAACAACCCGAUCUUCGGCAAUUUAUGUUCAAGAAAAUGAAAUCUCAAGAGAGUGAGUCUUCUUCUCCAACAGAUAAGUUACCUCAAGCUCAAGAAAAUGUUAUAAAUUUGGGUGGUUCAAGUAGUACUAGUGUGACAUUAGAGGAUAAGGAAUUGAUUUAUGAUGUUGAGCUUCUUCCUCAUGACCUGGGAAAAAGAAUUAGCAUAAUGGAUUAUCCUCCAAAUGAACGAGAUGCGGUUAGGAGAGCAUAUAUUCUGAAAAAACCUUGCCAACCAAAAACUCAUGAUUUUCCUCGCAAAGACCUUGGAGGUUUGCGUCGAUUUAGUGUUUCUUGGUUUGAAAAAUGGGAUUGGCUUGAAUAUAGUAUUGAGAAAGAUGCCGCAUUUUGUUUUGUUUGCUAUUUGUUCAAGAAUGAAGUUGGGCUUAAUGCUGGGGGAGAUGCAUUUGUUAAUGGAGGAUUUAAGUCAUGGAAUAAACCGGAAAGAUUUCUGAAACAUGUUGGUGGUGUUAAAAGUGCUCACAAUCUUGCUUAUGAGAAAUAUGCAAACUUAAGAGAUGGGAAGAAAAAAUCAAUUCUUAUUUCUUUUGAAAAUGCCACUGAUGUGAUUCAAAGAGAGUAUGAAAUUCGCUUGAAAGCUUCAAUUUCUUGUUUGCAUUUUCUAUUGGGACAAGGGAUGGCAUUUCGUGGGCAUAGAGAAAAUGAAGAAUCCCUUAAUAGGGGAAAUUUUGAAAUGGAGCUAGGUGAUGGCUACUUUGCUAUAUUGGCCGAUGAGUCUAGUGAUGUGUCCCAAAAGGAACAACUAGCUCUUUGUUUGCGUUAUGUUGAAGAAAAAAUGGGAAAGGUGGUGGAACGAUUUCUUGGACUUGUUCAUGUUGGUGAUACCACGGCUUUGUCUCUUAGAAGUGCAAUUAUGUCCCUACUUGUUGAACAUUCAUUGAGUCCAUCCAAGAUUCGAGGGCAAGGAUAUGAUGGGGCUAGUAACAUGAAAGGUGAGAUAAAUGGCCUCAAGACUUUGAUUAGGGGAGAUACUCCAAGUGCUUACUAUAUCCAUUGCUUUGCUCAUCAACUUCAACUAACUCUUGUAGCCAUUGCCAAAAAGAACAAUGAGUGUGUUUGGCUUUUUGAUACAUUUGCGAUCUUGUUGAAUGUGAUUGGUGUUUCUUGUAAGAGAAGAGAAAUGAUUCGAGAAUUUCAAGCACAAAAAGUUGCUCAAGCUUUGGAAAUUGGUGAACUUGAAACAUGA